AUGAACCCUCCUAUUUUCUUGGGUUCCAAGGUGAAUGAAGACCCACAAGAGUUUUCGAAAGAGGUCUACAAGAUAGUGGAUGCUAUGGGGGUGACCUCUAUAGAGAAAGCCAAACUUACGGGGUAUCAAUUGAAGGAUGUGGCCCAAGUAUGGUUUACUCAAUGGAAGGAUAAUAGGGCUAUAAGAGCGGGUCACAUAACUUGGGAAGUGUUCAAGAAGGCAUUCCUUGAUAGGUUCUUUCCACGAGAAAAGAGGGAAGCAAAGGUGGAGGAAUUUAUCAACCUUAGACAAGGAGGUAUGAGUGUCCAAGAAUACUCCUUGAAAUUUACUAAGUUGUUCAAAUAUGCCUCAUCUUUGGUGUCUAAUCCUAGAGAUGAGAUGAGCCGAUUCGUGACGGGUGUGUCUGAUUCAAUUGAGAAAAAAUGUCGUGCGGCUAAGCUUCAUGACAAUAUGGACAUUUCACGUCUAAUUGUCUAUGCUCAACAAGUUGAGGAAUCAAGGCUCAGGAAGAAGAGUAGAGAGGUAAAGAGGACAAGGUCCAAUGAUGGUAAUUCUUCUAAGGGUAAGUUUGAGGGUCAAAGUGGACCAAGGUUCAAGAAGAGGUUUUCCAACCAAGGCUCCUCCAAUGCUACAAGACCCAACAAAGAUAGGGUGUCUAACCCUAAGCCUCAAGGAGGAAAUAGGGGUGAAUCUUCUAUGAAGAGACCUACAUGUGCCAAGUAUGGUAAGAAACAUGAGGAGAAAUGUCUUGACGGAAUGGGUGUGUGCUAUGGAUGUAGCAAACGUGGACAUCAAUUGAAAGAUUGUCCAACUCGUGCGGCCAAGGGGAAAGAGGGUAACCAAGCUCCUCUAAGUGGUUCUAGUGCCAAUUCUCCCAAGAAGAAUCACUUCUAUGCUCUCCAAUCUAGAAGUGAUCAAGAGGGGUCCCCGGAUGUUGUUACUGACCCGGGUACCACUUUAUCUUUUAGUACUUCUUUAGUGGCUAUGAAAUUUGAUGUGCUCCCCGAAACUCUAAAAGAACCUUUUUCCAUGUCUACCCCGGUUUGUGAUUCGGUCAUAGCAAAAGGAGUGUAUAGGGGUUGUCCCAUUUCAUUGUCCAAUAGAGUCACAUUGGUUGAUUUAGUAGAACUUGAUAUGUUGGACUUUGAUGUCAUAUUGGGGAUGGAUUGUUUUGCUUCCAUAGAUUAUAAAACCCGGGUUGUGAAGUUUCAAUUUCCUAAUGAACCCAUUGUAGAAUGGAAGGGACGAAACUUGACUUCUAGAGGUCGAAUUAUCUCAUGUCUAAAAGCUUGUAAAAUGAUUUUUAAGGGUUGUAUCUAUCAUGUUGUGAGAGUUAAGGACCUUGAGUCUGAGACUCCUCCAUUAGAGUCGGUCCCCGUAGUAAGGGAGUUUCCGAAAGUCUGUCCUAAUGACGUGCCCGGAAUCCCUCCCAAACGGGAAAUUGACUUCGGCAUAGAUCUUUUGCCUGAUACACAACCGAUAUCUUCCUCCUUACCGGAUGGCCCCGACCGAAUUGAAGGAACUGAAGGCACAACUUAA